AGGCAGCUGAGGUGAGUACAGGUAGCUGUUAGUGUGAAUAUUAGUGUCUCUGUGAAGGUGAGUAUAAUGUCAGUGAGAUCUUUGGGAGCAGCUUUUGUUGAUGGACACAGCUGUUACUGGUUGGUUUUGAGACUGGAAGGAUGGAGGAGUUAAAGUGGCAGUCGAGCAAAAAAGAGUGAAUAAAUCAAAUACUGAGAUUUAACACUGCACUCAGUGUUGGAGGCAUCUGUGUAAUUUUCAUGACACUGAUUAACUUAACGUCAGUGGUCUCUGACUUUGGCACAGUACUUUAUAUAUGUUUAUAUACUGACUUCCUGAAUGUUUUAUAUUUUAUGUGUUAUCCAGGCUCUCUGUCUGCACAGUCUAGAACAAACAUGUCAGUCAGAGUGGGUUCCACAGCUGUUCUUCCAUGUGACUGGAGAAAUAUAAGCAACACACAGUCAUCAAGCCAAACUCCUCAUGUUGAGUGGUGCAAGUCUGCUGAGACGGUGUUUGCGCGAAGGGGUGGGGAGCUGUAUCAGGGUGAGGGGUAUGAAGACCGUGUGGACGUUCCUGAAGAUCACCUGCUGAAGGGGGACUGUUCACUGGUGUUGAAGAACGUCAGACCUGCUGAUUCAGGAAUCUAUGAAAGCUUCCUGCUGGUUAGGAGAACAAAGAGAGCUCCCCUUUCUAGGGUUUCCAUCCAGAAAGUAGAGCUCUCAGUAGAAGAUGCAUCAGAGGAGAUCAACAGUGAAAAAAAGCCAACAGAACAUGCAGCCAUGAAGAAUCCACAGUAGCAAUCAUGCUGCAGGUGACAAAGAAAUUGACCAGAGACCUCCACGUCUGAUAAGAGCCGAGUACAUUUAACAUUGUUGGGUAGGGGUCAGAUGUUCAUUCGCUGUCUGCCUCUCUCUCUCUCUUCCACACAUGCUCUAUAUAUACAUUCACUGACCACUUUAUGUACACCUUACUUAAGCCUGUUUGCAAAUUACAUUAUGUCACUGCGUUGCUGUGGCACAUACUGGAGGGCAGGAAGUGAUUUUCAUAGAAGGCACUGUCACAGGUUCUCAAAAUGCCUAUGGUUUACGUUGUUUAUGGUUGCUAAAUUAGUUCUAACUGAGAAACUACAAGGAGCUUUUAUCACGUACCAAAGCUGCUUGUUCAUUGGGGGAAAAAUGCAAGAAAUUGACCAAAAACACCAGCAAAAAAUAUAUUUUGCACAGUUCAUCUGUGGGUGUGCACAGGUGAUAGAUUUAAAAGGUACAAGCAACACCACUUGCACUAAAAUCAGGGUUAACAGUUAAACAAAAGAGAGGUGAUCAAACAAGUUGCUUAUAUCUGCUGCCUCAGUAGCAGGGAAGUCUUUCAAUUCAGUUGGAAAUAAACACUCCUCUUGAAAACACGCCCAACAUAUGUUGUAAUUUUCUCUCGUAAUAUAGUCUAAACUAGCAUAGUAUGGCCUUCAUGCUUGCCUCCAUCUUGUGUUCCGCUUUACACUUCCUGCCCUCCAUCUGGAAUUUGCACGUCAUUCGAACCAUGUGACUUUAGAGAUUGUAGUCCAUCUGUUUCUCUGCAUAAUUUGUUUACUCUUUUACCGUAUUCUUCAAUGGUCAAGACACCAUAGGAGCCCCCAGAACAUGUAUUAUUUAGGUGGUGGAUCAUUCUCAGCACUGCAGUAACACUGACGUGGUGGUGGUG